AAAAAAGUUCAAUAAACAUAUUUCCCAACCAAAACAAAAAGGCUUUUUAAUUACAAAAUCUGAAGCCACCAGUUCUCCUUGUAUUCAUUGCCUAAAAAUCCAUCAAACACUAAAAAGUAUGAGAUGCAUUUAAAGUGCAGCACUGCAGCGCCGCUAGCGGACUAUUUUAUCAAAUAGCUGAGUGUCAUCCAUUCAAAAGGCAAAAGAAGCAGGGAUGAGCGGUCCAACGUGGGUGGUCUAGAAGCGCGCACAACGUGCGUGUGGUCCGGCAGUUUCAUUCCGUACGGGAUGUGGUGAGCUUAAAUGACGAGAAUGCGAGGGCCUUUGUUCGUAAGAAGCCACGCAGUAUAGAACGGCCUUAGAAUGCUGACAACUUAGUGUUUUCUAAAAAUUUUGAGUGAAAUAAAUUUCCUUUGUAAUAUCCUGGGAGGAUAUAUGACCGGCUUUCAAAAGAUGUUUUAUUUACUCUACUUACUUCUACUAUUUUUUGGAGUACAAGCUGAGUUGGGUCAUAGCUUUACAGCUAAUACUAACAAUGAGAAGGACAUGGAUUUAAGUCACCGUUCCAGGAUAAAAGAUUCCACUUACCUGUUAGCAGGAUAUCCUGUUGGAGAAUUACCAGACCUUUUAGACUGUCGUAAGGAAGCCAACUGUAUUGAAAUGAAGAGUAAAACUUGUAUGGGAACACAAUUACCAUAUUCUACAACAACACUGGAUCUUAUUCCUGAACAAACAACUCAAGAAAAGAUUGAAGAGAAAUUAAAUAUAUUACAAGGUCUGCGGCACAUUCCAAAAUGUUGGGCAGUUGUUCAACCAUUUCUAUGUUCGGUAUUCAUGCCCAAGUGCGUCAAUGGUACAGUCGACUUGCCAUCUCAUAAAAUGUGCAAGAUGGUGUCGGGUCCAUGUAGAAUUCUAUUUAAUCAAACAAUAUGGCCAAGUUUUAUUAACUGCGAGGAUUCUGAAAUAUUUCCACGUCGCUGUAAAAACGAUGUUAGAGAACUGAAAUUUAAUACAACUGGAAAAUGUUUAAAACCUCUUGUUCCAACGGAUAACGCACUAUCAAUUUUUGAUGGUGUCGAAGGUUGUGGAACUCAAUGCAGCGAUCCAUUAUUUACACCAGAUGAACAAAAACAGAUUCAUUCUUUUAUCGCUUGGGCUGCCAGCAUUUGUUUACUCUUCAACUUAUUUACUGUGGUAACGUUUCUAAUAGACUGGAGGAGCGCAAACAAGUAUCCUGCCCUUGUCAUAUUCUAUAUAAACAGCUGUUUUAUGGUUUCCUGCAUUGGAUGGCUUGCACAGUUUAAUCCAGGAAGUAGAGACAUCAUAGUUUGUCGUAAGGAUGGUACGCUGAGAAUGAGUGAGCCAAGUGGUGAGAAUCUGUCCUGCGUAGUAGUUUUUGUAUUGGUCUAUUAUUCCCUUAUGGCUGCUAUGGUGUGGUUUGUCAUUUUAACAUAUGCCUGGCAUAUGAGCUUCCAAGCUCUAGGAAAAAUUCAGGAUAGGAUUGACAAGAAAGGAGCUUAUUUUCAUCUGAUAGCAUGGUGUCUGCCAUUGGUACUGACUGUAACCGUAAUGGCAGUUGGUGAAAUCGACGGUAACAGCGUUACCGGUAUCUGUUUUGUGGGAUACGCCAAUCAUACUGUGCGUGCCUGGUUCCUACUCGGACCAGUAAUGGCAGUGUUAUUAGUGGGAGGAUACUUUCUUUCUCGAGGACUCAUUACGUUGAUUCGACUGAAAAUCAGCAGUCAAGAAAUUAUCUCGGAAAGGGCCAGUUCAAAAAUACGUGAGACUAUUGUGAGAAUGGGACUGUUCUCGAUAUUUACAUUCGUAGCUGUGAUAGUCACGUUCUAUUGUCACAUAUAUGAAUUUCAACAUUCCUGGGAAUGGAAGCAGAGUUUUCGAGAUUACAUGAUAUGUUCUAUCACUACGAAGUACACAGAUGUAUCCGAGUGCAAGAUGAAAUCGCGACCAAGUGUUGCAAAGCUGCAAUUGCAUUUACUCUCUCCGUUCUUCGCUGGCGUUCUGAUGUCAUCUUGGGUUUGGACAGGAUCAACGAUCGACACCUGGACCAGAUUUCUUAGACGCACAUUCAAUUGCGAGGCCGAGGAGCCGAUCAAAUUAAAGAAACACAAGGUGAUCGCUCAAGCUUUUGCAAAGAGAAAAACAUUCAACAACGCCGGACGUCUGUCAAUAAGUUUUCAUAACACACAUGAAGAUCCUGUGGGAUUAAAUUUCGACCUAAAUUCAGUGGCAUCACAAGACUUCAGUUCAACCUGGGCAGCAGCAUUACCAAAACUGGUGACAAGAAGAGGAGCUUUAGUAGGUGGUACAACUGGUUCUGUAUCAAGUAAUAGAAGAAAUUCCGUGGAUUCCGAAAUAAGUUUCAGUGUACGCCGUGUGUCCGUAGAAUCGCGUAGAAAUUCCUUGGACUCACAAAUAUCAGUACAGAUCGCCGAAUUAAAAACUACGAGAAAGGUUGCGUCGUCGACGUUACCCGGUAGCUCAUCACGCGGUAGACGUAGUAAGCGUAGGAGGCGUGAUUUUGGUAAAUCACGAUCUGGAAAAGUGGGACCCCUGUUUCGUAGAGGAAGCACUACAUCACAGGAGAGUCAAUUAGGUGCACAAAUAUUGUCAGCCUUAACAAUAGGUGGUGCAUCAAAUAUACCACCACUGCAAGUACCUAACAUGAAAAGACGAUCAGCGAAUGCUGGUCUCGACGAAAGAACUCUAAACAGCAAGAUCCUAGACGGUAGAAAUGCCGGAAUGCUGCUGCCAUUUUUAUUUCCUGGGCAACGUAGUGUAAGUGACGAAAAUCUCAGCAGCGAGGAGAAGAUUCAUCGGGAGUUAAAUCUCGAUAAGGAUGCUGACGUGGAGGCUGGCACUCGCGAGAAGGACGACCAGGAAAGCGAUACCGAAGACAGUCAACCGGAAGAAGACACAAAGAUGCUCGAACUCGAGGAAUCGCAUGAGCGUAGUAAAAGUAAAAGAAGCAAUAAAAGUUCAAAGAGUUAUGGCAAUGACAAUGGCCUCCGUAAUCGAGAGGCUAGACGUAGUAAAUACUUCCUGCAGGAUGAGGCAGUCUUAAAACAUCUUUUACAGGAAAAAAAUGACGUCAAAAUAAAGAAUGACAGUACCGAAAAAGAGAACUAUAGGAAACCUGCCAUUGGUGACCUUGCAUCGAGUCUGACCUCUUAUUGUCCUGAACUUUCUCGAAUUGCGCAAAAUGAGAGUGGACAAAUUAAUGCACGGGAAAUGGCAACGCAGACUUCGCUUCCUCUUGAUAUCCUAGAAAUGGAAGAACUGAAACAAAGCAUCGACGAAAUAAUAAACAGUCGAAAUUGCAGUUCCAAGGGUACUCAAAUAUCGCCUCAGCUCAACAAAUCUAACAAUAAUUAAUAAAGGUCUAUUUCAUGACCAAACACACUUGUGUACACUAUCGAUAAUUCAAAUUCUGAUUUUCAUGAUAAUUUGUAAAGCAGUGUAAUAUCGGCCUUGAAGAUAAUAGAAACAAAAUGAGGAUUUGCAUUAUCAACAGUGCCCGCGAAUAUGUUUUGUCAUGAAAUAUAAGUUUAUUAACUAUUCUUAUACUUAUUGGGCUGGGAGUAGAAUAUUCACAUGUCGAAACGCCGGAAAUAUAUCCCAUAUGCUUUACUUGCAGUCAAGAAGCUCUUGCUAUCUGCGGGAAAGCUUAUGAACUGUACGAAGCUUCCGAUAGAAAUAGCACCAGCGAUAAAUAUCGAGCGAGUACAAGGAUCCUUA